GUAGUUGGAGCUGUCUUGUGGCUGUGCAUAUGUGCUGGAGCUGAGAGAAGUGGGAGCAGUCUCCCGUCGGUUUGAUCUGAAUAAAUUGUUCACAAGAUAAAAAGAACAGAUGGAGCAUUAUGAAAAGGGUAAAGUGAUAGAAGACGAUGACCCUGAUGGUCCUUUCAUCCAUCUUGGAUUCAAGUUCGAUGAUGUCAUUACAAUGAAGAUUAGGUCUGGAACCAAGAUAAAGAACAUCAUUCAGUUUGCUACCAAGAAAAUGCAGGAAGAUGAAACUAGAAGAAUUAUAUUUAUAGGGAAAGGUCAGGCUGUUACCAAGACUGUGACAUGUGUUGAAAUCCUGAAGAGAGAGAUGAAAAACCUUCACCAAAUAAACAAAUCUUACUUCAGAAGAAUAGAAGAAUACUGGGAGCCUAAAGAGGAAGGAUUAGAUAGACUAAAGGUGAAUAAGGAUGUCCCUGCAUUGGCUGUUCUUCUCUCCAAAGAUCGACUAGAUGACACUGAACUUGGCUACCAAGCACCGGGGUCUUUUGAAGCUCAUCGAAUAGUUGAAGCAAAGCAAGACAAGAGAAAGAAGAACCAACAAAGACAGCCGACUGGAGGAGGCGGUGAUGGAGAAUCACGGUCUGCACGUUCUGUCGAUCAAAGACAGGAGAGGGAAAACCAGGGCAGCAUGGCAAGAAGGAAGAGGCAAAGGAAGAGGAGAGAUGAGCAGAGAACGUUUAAUGAGAAGCAAGGUAGCAGUGGAGACAAGACCAAGGAAUAAGCGAAAGGAAA